AUGGUCCAUGUUGUCACGCAGCAAGAAGAGGAAGCACAGGCCUGGCAAGGGACCUUGUGGCUCUGCCUUGCCUCCUCGGAGGAACCAACCACUGAUGGCCUCACAUCAACUUCCCUUCUGGAGUUUGCCAUGAUGUCCCACCUGGAGGCCAUGAAUUCCCACGAGCAGACCAGCCCGGAAGCUGCAGAGCCAGAUCUUGCCCCUGGCUCUCUGCAUGCUGCCCCGGGAUCGGGCUUUGCUAGUGAGGAGAAUGAGGAGUCCAAGAUCUUACAGCCCCCACAGUACUUCUGGGAAGAUGGGGGAGAGCUCAAUGACUCCAACCUGGACUUGGGACCAGCAACAGAUUACAGCUUUCCUGCUGUGUCUCAGAAGGCCCUGCUGAAAGGGAAUGGGACACAAGUGAAAGACAUCUGGGAAACAGCCACUGCCCAGCCACCAGCAGAAUUUGUUGAACCUGACUUGAACACACCUUUCUCCAGCACGCUGGAGGAAGAGGAGGGACUGCUCCCUAUAGACCACUCUAGAGGAGGAGUGGAGAACUUCCAGACCUCUGGGCCAGAGAUUACAUCUUCUGAACCAGCAGAUCAAGAGGACUCCUUCUCCCUUCUGUUUUCCACAGCCUCUGCCAGGCCAGGUUUUGUGACAGAGGCAGCCAGAGGAGGGCAAGAAGAGGACUCUGUUCCUCCAGGCUUAGACCUUGGGAGUAGCAUGGGACCAGGUCUUCUGCCUGUGUCCUCUGUUUUUUCUACUACUGUUGCCACAGGGUCUCCCAGAGUUUCAGAAGAGCUGUUUGAGGUGACAGCUGGGGAUGCGUGGGCUGUUGAGGGAGCAGAUUUGGAGCUGACUGUGACUACAAGAACAGAGCUUGCAGAGCCCACAGUGGAGACUGGAGGGGAAGAGCAUUCAGCCAGAGAGGAGGUUUCAGAGGCCACGGUGGGGUGGGAGAUGCUGGAGCCCACGUCACUAAGUGAAAUGGAGCAGACAGUAGAAAUGCCUGUGGGGACACCCUCUUUGGGAGGCAGCUCCCCAGACACCCACACUCUUCUGGGAAGUGAGCAGCACACCACCUCUGCAUCUCCAUGGGACAGGGCUGGUGAACCUGCACCAGAUCCCAUUUGGAAUGACACCGAGUCAGCCACUGAGACUGUGGCAGCAGAGAGGAGCUUCUCACCACAAGCUGGGGAUGCCCGCAUGGCUGUGCUACCAACAGAGCUGCCCUGGGACUCAGCACAGGUAAUCUGCAAAGACUGGAGCAACCUUGCGGGGAAAAACUACAUCAUCCUGAAUAUGUCAGAUAACAUUGACUGUGAGGAGUUUCGUCUAGAGAGGGGUCCCCAGCUGUUGGCACUGGUGGAGGAUGCUUUCUCCAGACAGGCAGAUGGACUGCAGGACCGCUGGCUGAUCUCUCUGAGCAAACCCAAUGAGAACGACAAGCACUUGCUAAUGACACUGGCAGGGGAACAGGGCAUCAUCCCUACAAAUGAUGUACUCAUGGCACUAGGGGAUGUUAAGAGGAGCUUAGCUGAGAUUGGCAUCCAGAACUACUCAACCACCACGAGCUGCCAGUCGCACCCCAACCAGACGCGCAGUGAUUAUGGGAAACUCUUUGUGGUGCUGGUGAUCAUUGGCUCCAUCUGUGCCAUCAUCAUUGUGUUGGGGCUCAUAUACAACUGCUGGCAGAGGCGCCUGCCCAAGAUGAAGAACAUGUCACACGGUGAGGAGCUGCGCUUUGUUGAGAACGGCUGCCAUGACAACCCCACCUUGGAUGUGGCCAGUGACAGCCAGUCAGAAAUGCAGGAGAAGAAGCCAAGCGUGAAUGGUGGAAACACUAUCAAUGGUCCUGACAGCUGGGAUGUCCUGAUCAAUAAGCAGGCGAGCGAGGAUGUGGAUGUGUUUGAGGAAGACACACAUCUUUAG